AUGCGGUUGCGUCUCAAAACUCCGAUCAUCAUCUGUCAUGUGAAUGCGGCUGUCACUACAAUGGCUGCGAUGCGUCGGUGCAUUCAGGGACGGCACUUACCCUCAUGGAGAUUGGGUGGUAUGUUUGGUGCAGCAGCACACCACCAAGCUGCAGCGGUGCGGUGGGUAGCAACAGUGACUGCGGCGGCCGAUACUCAUGGCAGUGCAAGCGACUUUGUGGAUUUGGAUCUCGAUAAUUUGGAGGAUAUUCAUUCAAAGCCAAGGGAAGAGCAACAGCCUGCCAUUGGCGUCACUCGAGAAGAGGAGGCCCCUGAUGAACAAGAGUAUUCGCGGUUCCGUAUCCCACUCGCCCACCCGCGACGUGGGCGACCAGAACCUCGGCCUAACAGCCGUAGCGUCAUUUCCUCCAAUGACGCCCUUUGCGUAUCAGACGAAGAUCACGGCGGCGGUAUUGCAGGUGCUCAGCAUUCAUCUACUGGAGACGUUGGUGAUCAGGAUGUUUCUCUCCCUUACGAUGACGAGGUAUUUGCAGAAAUGUUGCUUGAAAUGGAGGUGGAGGGUGCCAUUGAUGAAGCAUGGCAGGACGCGCGGAAGGCGCACAUGGAAGAUGUCGUGGAGCUCGUCGAGGUGCUGCGAUCGCUUAAGGUUCGCGACGUUUGUGCCAUUGAUGUCUCUGCAAAAACCGGUAAUUUUGAUUACAUGAUUUUCGGGACGUGUGAAGGCCCGCGACACAUUCAUUUAUCGGCGUGGGCUGUGCAGGAGGCUGACUCGUUGAAGCGGGUCUCCAAGAUCAGGCGCAAGCAGACCGAUCACACGUGGGAAGUUGUGACCGUUGGGCGCAUCAUCGUGAAUCUAAUGCAGGACUCCCUUCGGGAGGAGCUUUCACUGGAGCGCAAAUGGGCAGUCACGAAGUCGAUGGACCCGCUCGCCAUGGCUAACGCUCCAGUGAGUGAAGGGAGGCAGGUGAGGGCGCAUGGUUUGUGGACGCUGACGCUAAACUUGCAAGAUCUGGAGGACUUUGAGGUGGACUAUUGUAAGGAUGUGUUGAUGCGGCAGCUGUAG